UCGGGAGCCCCCUGUACCACGUGGGAGCGGAGCGGAGUGUGGCGUGGCCCCGAGCUCCGCCCCUGCCUGGCGCUGGCGUCGCGCGGGAGGCUGGCGGCUGGCAGCGGGCGGCGGAGCUAGAGUGGCUCCGGCUCCGGCUCCGGCUCCAGAAGAGGGGCGCGCUGCCGGGCGGGCGCUGAGGCGGAACGAGUCGCGGAGUCGCGGGUUGGAGGAGCGGGCGGAAGCGUCUACCUGUGCGGCGGCGCCGAACCGAAGGGAAGCGCCGAGGUGCCCCUCCCGAUCCCAGUCCCUGGCCGGAGCGGAUGCGCUGCGGUUAGGAGGAAUCGGCGGCGGGGCCUGGGCCAGGCGAAGAUGGUGCUGGUGGGGGCGAUAAUCCUGUUCUGCUCUUGGGCGGCUGGAGCCGGAGGCCAAUAUGGAAAUCCUUUAAAUAAAUACAUUAAACAUUAUGAAGGAUUGUCAUAUGAUGUGGAUUCAUUACACCAAAAACACCAGCGUGCCAAAAGAGCAGUGUUGCAUGAAGACCAGUUUCUGCACCUAAAUUUUCAUGCACAUGGAAGACACUUCAACCUUCGAAUGAAGAGAGAUACAUCCCUCUUUAGUAAUGACUUCAAAGUAGAAAUAUCAAAUAAAGUAGUUGAUUAUGAUACCUCCCAUAUUUACACUGGACACAUAUAUGGUGAUCAGGGAAGCUUUAGCCAUGGAUCUGUUAUUGAUGGAAGAUUUGAAGGAUUCAUCCAGACUCACAGUGGCACCUUUUAUGUUGAGCCAGCAGAGAGAUAUAUUAAGGACAGAACCCUACCAUUUCACUCUGUCAUUUAUCAUGAAGAUGAUAUUAAGUAUCCUCAUAAAUAUGGACCACAAGGAGGUUGUGCAGAUCAUUCCGUGUUCAAAAGAAUGCAGAAGUACCAAAUGACUGGUGUAGAGGAACCAACAACACAGAAACCCUACAAAGAACAUAACAUCAAUGGUCCUGAGCUUUUAAGAAAAAAACGUGCAGCUCAAGCUGAAAAAAAUACUUGUCAGCUCUACAUUCAGACUGAUCAUCUGUUCUAUAAGCAUUAUGGAACAAGGGAAGCUGUGAUUGCACAGAUAUCCAGUCAUGUUAAAGCAAUUGACACAAUUUACCAGUCAACAGAUUUCACAGGAAUCCGUAACAUCAGUUUCAUGGUGAAACGAAUAAGAAUCAACACAACUGCUGAUGAGAGAGACCCUUCCAAUCCCUUCAGAUUUCCUAAUAUUGGUGUGGAGAAGUUUUUGGAACUGAACUCUGAGCAGAAUCAUGAUGACUAUUGCUUGGCCUAUGUAUUUACUGAUCGUGAUUUUGAUGAUGGUGUCCUUGGUCUGGCUUGGGUUGGAGCCCCUUCAGGGAGCUCUGGCGGAAUAUGUGAAAAGAGCAAACUCUAUUCUGAUGGUAAAAAGAAGUCCUUAAAUACUGGAAUCAUCACUGUUCAGAACUAUGGCUCUCACGUCCCUCCUAAGGUUUCUCACAUCACUUUUGCUCAUGAGGUUGGACAUAACUUUGGUUCUCCUCAUGAUUCUGGAACGGAAUGCACUCCAGGAGAGUCCAAGAACUUGGGGCAGAAAGAAAAUGGCAAUUAUAUCAUGUAUGCAAGAGCUACAUCGGGGGACAAACUUAACAACAACAAGUUCUCCAUCUGUAGCGUUCGAAAUAUCAGCCAAGUUCUUGAGAAAAAAAGAAAUAAUUGUUUUGUUGAGUCUGGCCAGCCCAUCUGUGGUAAUGGAAUGGUAGAAGAAGGAGAGCAGUGUGAUUGUGGAUACAGUGACCAGUGUAAAGAUGAAUGCUGUUACGAUGCAAAUCAACCAGAAGAUAAGAAAUGCAAGCUAAAACCAGGCAAACUUUGCAGCCCCAGUCAAGGCCCCUGCUGUACUGCACAAUGUAGCUUCAAACUCAAGACUGAUAAGUGUCGGAAUGAUUCUGACUGUGCAAGAGAAGGAAUGUGUAAUGGUUUCACUGCUCUCUGUCCAGCAUCUGAUCCCAAGCCAAACUUCACAGAUUGCAACAGACACACACAAGUUUGCAUUAAAGGGCAAUGUGCUGGUUCUAUCUGUGAGAAAUAUGGCUUGGAGGAAUGUACAUGUGCUAGUUCAGAUGGCAAGGAUGAUAAAGAGUUGUGCCAUGUCUGCUGCAUGAAAAAAAUGGAUCCAAUGACUUGUGCAAGUACGGGAUCUAGUCAGUGGGAGCAGUAUUUCAAUCUCAAAACCAUUACGCUUCAACCUGGAUCCCCCUGCAAUGAUUUUAAAGGCUAUUGUGAUGUAUUCAUGAGAUGUCGGUUAGUAGAUGCUGAUGGUCCUCUAGCCAGACUAAAGAAAGCAAUUUUUAAUCCAGAGCUGUAUGAAAACAUUGCAGAAUGGAUUGUGGCUCACUGGUGGGCAGUAUUGCUUAUGGGAAUUGCUUUGAUCAUGUUAAUGGCUGGAUUCAUUAAAAUAUGCAGUGUUCAUACUCCGAGCAGUAAUCCAAAAUUGCCUCCUCCUAAACCACUCCCAGGCACUUUAAAGAGGAGGAGACCACCACAAACAACUCAACCACCACCACGUCAGAGGCCCCGGGAGAGUUAUCAGAUGGGACACAUGAGACGUUAACUACAGAUUUUGCCUUGGUUCUUCCUAGUGCCUACAAUGGGAAAACUUCACUCCAAAGAAAACCUAUUAAGUCACUGUCCCCAGUCCUACUCUCAAACAAAAAAUAGAAGGAAAAAAGGCAAGAUGUUAUGUCCUCAAACAAGUGGAGAAGUUUAAUUUUUAAUUAUUGGACCUUCCAGAGAAAGAAGUGAUUUUUCUUACAGAUAUUUUUAACGUAAUGGCACAAACGUCUUAGAUUAUCCCCAUGUUUUUUUUCCCCCUUCUCUGCUCUUCAUUGCUGCAUUUUCUUCACUUGCAGGCAAACAUGGUUCUAAUAAAACUUUUAUUCACAAAUUGAAAAUAUACAUGUAUAUAUUUUUCAACUGCCAAUUAAGGAUAGGAAGCUAGGCCACCUCAACAUUGGAGACAUAACCUGCCAGUGUAUAUAAAUUGUUAUAUGCAGACAUGUAUUUCUAAUGUACAGCUGUUCUGUGUGCAAUUGUAAACAAAAAUUGCAAUAUGGAUGUUUCUUUGUAUUAUAACACUUUUCCGCUAUUAAUGAAAAAAUUACUGUUUAAUUGACUUACUCAGGAUAACAGAGGAUGGAGGUAUAUAAUGAUCAAGGAUUCUGUAAUGCUUUACACAGCAGUUUUGAAUCAAUUCAAACUUUUUUUAUUAGGAUCAGAGUUGGUUCAAGUACUCAUUUCAUCUUUUAUCAAACAGCUGCUAAGACAUAGCACACAAGUUUGAAUGCUCUUUUGGGAGUACAUGCAACAAGUGUUGUGCAAACUUUGCAUAUGCCAGAAUGUUUCAAAAUUACAUUUUGUAUAAAUGUCCGAUUUCUUGUAGUUCAGCAUAAGUAUUUUUAAUUUUCGUCUGAUUAUUCUGUUAAAUGAAGAUUUGUAUGAAAUAUUUCCAUGCUUUAGUAGAGAAAUAUGCCUGUUAUACAACUUCUUUUAAGGACUGCAACCGGUUUAUUUGGGUUGUUCAGAUAUUCGUAGUGUGGUAAUUACGUUCAUGAUUUUGAAGAAACGGGAAGGAUGAAAAGCUGUAGUUUCUAUUUUUUUAAUUUAUCAAAUAUUUAGAUAACUUUCCAGCAUGAUACUGUUAAUGAAUAACCACUAAAAUACAGUAAUAUUCCAGCUACUGUAGCUGACUUAAAAUUGUAGUUAGGCCAACUGAUUUUCCCUUAAAUAUUUUAUAACAGUAGUGAAGUUCAAACAGCACAAUGUCCCAUUCCAAAGUUUUUAGUAUGAAUGUAAAUAAUUGGCAUUUUUUUAAAAAAAAGAAAACAAAAGCAUUUAAUGUCUUAACAUGCUUACUGCUAUGCAGAAAUGAAAGGGGCAUUACAAAAGUUUAAGCUUGUAACAUAUUUAUUGCUUGUUUUCCAAAAGCUGCAAGCUAAUUAGAGACAAAUGGCUAUAAUUUUCCUGGCUUUGCUUAGGAGAAAAUUUAUUAAGGGUUGGACAGGCUUUCUUUUUUGGUUUUGUUUUUUUCAAGAGUAUAAAGUUUACACAAUCAUUCUCAUAAUGUGACGCAAGCCAGCAAGGCCAAAAAUAUUACAGAAUAUAAUGCGAUCUCUUCCUUGUAAAAUUGUACAGUAUGUGGUGACUUUUUUCAAAAUACAGCUUUUUGUACAUGGUUUAGAGACAAAUUUUGUACAUGAAACCCCAUAGACUAUAAAUAAUUCCAAACAGUCUUAAUAAGUUAGAAAUGUAUGUAGUUGCUUUUAAAAUCAUUUUAAAUACAUUUGUUUUCAGACUGUGCAAAGACUGGAAGUGGAUUUGCAUUUCUAAAAUGGUGACUUUUAUUCAGCAAGAGUUCUUAGUAACUUCAUGAGUGUGAUAACCUUUGGGACAUGUAAAUUUUUUGCUUGUAGUGUUAUCCUGUGGUGGGGUUUCAGCAGAUACAUGCUGCCCUAUUUUAUUUUGAGUCUAAGCUAAAUGUUUGCUGAAAAGAAAUGUGCACUGAACUCUCCACUGCAAGUCAAAAUGUGGUAAAACAAAAAAGAUCAAGACAGACGAGAUCUAAUACUACUGUCAAUUUAAUGUCCACUGUGUUUUAUACAGUAUCUUUUUUUUGUUCACUUUGGAAAUUUUUACUAAAAUGGAAAAAAAAAAUGAAGUAUUGUGCAAAGAUAUGUAUGGGUUUUUUUGAAACUUGAAAUGCAUUAAUAAAUAGACUUGAUGAAAUUA